UUUAUUUUGUGCCGUCCGCAGCGGAAGCGGAAGGGAUGUGUCGGCUGUGUUGCGGCGAUGAUGGCGGAUAGCAGCGAUCAGUAUGAGUCGGUUCUGUGUGUGAAGCCAGAGGUUCAUGUUUACCGAAUCCCGCCCAGAAGCUCCAACCGCGGAUACCGGAGUAAGUGUGUGUGUACACUAAUGUGUGUGUGUUCAGGCGAGCUGUUCGCUCAGGCUCCGGUGGAUCAGUAUCCAGGGAUCGUGGUGGAGGCCGUCACUGACUCCAGCAGGUACUUCGUCAUCAGGAUUGAAGAUGGAAACGUUUCUUCAGGGCGUCAUGCGUUCAUCGGCAUCGGUUUCGCCGAUCGUGGCGAUUCGUUUGAUUUCAACGUGGCGUUACAGGAUCAUUUUAAGUGGGUGAAACAGGAAAGUGAAUUAGCCCGACAGGAAGCGGCUCAGGUUUCAGCGCCAAAGCUGGACUUGGGCUUCAAAGAGGGUCAGACCAUCAAGAUCAACAUCGGGAACAUUAAGAAGAAAGACUCCGGCGGCGCAGCGGCAAAGUCUCGUCCGAUGGGCGGCUCUUUGCUUCCUCCUCCACCCGGAGUCAAAUCCUCCGCUCUGGUUCCUCCGCCCGCAGCGCAGCAGACGACACCCGCCUCUCCGCCCAGCCCAGGGAUGAUACUGGAGUUCGGAGACCCUGCCCCCGCCGUGGCUCCGCCCUCUCAGGACCUGUGGGGUGAUUUCACGGCUGCAGGCUCCGGGUCCGCUCAGGACUCGCGGUCGGGAUGGGUGCAGUUCUAGCGAACCGACGACACACGGACGCUGUUUUCUAUGCAAUCACGCGCAGCUGCACGGCUGAUAUCUGCUGCAUUCCAGCUGGUGUUGACUUUCAAACAUGUUUCUCAUUAGUUAUUCGCACACGUGCGAUAAAUGUCGUCAGUAUCGUCUCUCGUUUAACUUUAAAGCUGAAAUGUGUCAUGUUAAUGCCUGUGUUCGAACAGGUUUCCUGAACACUCGCCCCAUUGGUCGGCCUAACGGCUGGCCCCGCCCCAAACUCACAGCACUGGUCGAGGCAGAAGUUAACA